AUGAGUCCAGUUCAGUCGCAACCGUUGAUCGUGUCGGACGCGUUGGUUUGAAUGGUUCGAAUGGCUAAUGAAGAGUUCGCGGGCUCUUUAACUUUAGAAGUGGGACUGAUCGUCAGUGAAUAGUGGUUUUUUUCUGUACCUUCGAGAGACCCGUGUUGUAUGCAUACCGGUUUUGGGUUUGCUGCUUUCGGAGGAGAUGUCUAUUUUUGUGCAAAAAACAGUUUUGAUCUUCACUGUGACUGUUUUAUGGCUGUGAAUGAGUUCGGUUUUGUCGCGUAUUGAUGGUCUGUUUGCAGGCUGUCCCCUGAUGAUAAGGGCGCCUUAAGGUACAGAACGUGUUCAAUUGCACAUAAACGUGGUGAUCUCAUAAAACUUGUGGAAUUGAGGAAAAAAUAUGAUGUGGUGCGCUACAUUUUUCUUGAAAGGUGUAUGGGGGGUUACCUGGAAGUGAGCUAAUGUCUGGAGAUAAGCAAACACCGAUAACGAAGUGUUCGCUCUGUGUGUUUCGAGUGAACGAAAUGUGCAUGGGAAUUUAUAGUCAAUGAAGUCUGCAAAGCGACGUAAAAUAGAUCAUCUGUCAAUAGUUUGAUGUAUUAAUAACAAUCAAUGUGAAUAUCGGUGUAUCGUAGACCCGUGAUGAUGAUAGAUGUAAGGUUUGUGCCGAUGCAGUUAAUUUGAAGUGAGUUAUGUUGCCCUCCAUUCACGAUUGGGAUAAAGGAGGGUACGUAGAGUAGGAAGUGAGAUUGAUGUGAAAAUAUACGAUUAUAAACGGCGAGAAAUAACUGACCGUACUCAUCAGCAGCGUAACACGUAGCUGAUGAGACAAACUGGAUGCUGUAUUACCUAGUGUAAUUAAUUGUUUGUUGCGGCCUAUGUAAAUCAUCAACGGCUGCUAUACUAAUGGCCGUUAGCAUCGUUUAUCCCAGUGAUAUUAAAUGUUGGUUGGCCUAUGAAUGUGUGUUUCCUUGAUAUAUUUUUAAAAGGCCUAAUUUAUAUACCUGUGUUAGCACAACCCGUAGAUAUACAAUGCAGUUGAAAUGAAAAAAGUGCCUUGUAAGCGGUCAAAACCCAUCGAAAUUACUUUUUUGGAUUGUCUUCUUUCGACUUAUCCUUCUACGAUCAUAGUGGAAAACUUAGCGGCAUCUGGGAAGGUGAAGAAACAGAAGUGAAGCAUCUAUUCCCCCUAAGAAACAAUGAUAAUAUUAGAAGUGUCAAAAAAUGUCGAAACAAUCAAAUCGAUUAAAAGUAUUUUGUGUGUUGGAUAGAUAAUGAAAUCGAUAACAAAUGAAUUUUGGUGGUGACUAUCUGUUCACUGGAAUGAGUUGAAUAUUUGAUUGGAAAUGCCAAUCACCACGGCGAAAAGUGCCAGUGCGAAAGCAUGUAACGCAAAGGAUUUCCCAGCAAGUGCCACAACGGCGGCCAAAUCCGGCAUUCAGGAAGCCGACAAAGGUAUCCCUGCGAAAAGAGGCUUCGCAGGGCCGGGCUCAUUGGGUGCCAGUGUUCGCAAUGGGCGACCAGGGAGCGGAUUGAGUUUGAGCGUUUUAGAUUUGGCAGCGAUUCGAAAAAUUUUGGAAAACGAAACCGGUGGCGCACUCUGUCCAAGCUGUCAGAUGCCCUUCGAUAAGGGCAAGAAAAGGAAGCUGAUAGAUACCUGCGGCCAUGAGCGGUGCUACUCGUGCAUGUUCCGGAAUGAAAUAUGCCCAAUCUGCAAUCCGUCCGCGGAACAGGAUAUCGAUCAUGAAAUUUUAUCCAACAGCGGAGGCUACAUGGGCAGAAAGGUACAUGACUAUGACACCGGUAUUGGAAGCACCACAACACUUCUCAGUCCGCUAGGUUCUCCGCAGCCCGUGCUUCGGUCACAUGCCAAACAGAGUGGACUAUUUUCUCCGACAUAUCAGACUCCGUCUGAUUUGUACAAACUGAAGGAAAGACCUCCAAGAUGUCCUUCCGUAUCAGGAAAAUCGGAAUCUUAUUACUGCAGUAUCAACACAACAUUCGGAGCAGAGAUGAAACCCUCCCAACGAACAGGACUAAACAGUAGUAGCGAAAUCUCGUCUAGCGCUUGUGCUACUCCUCCACAGAACCGAAGGCGCUUAUUCAGCCCUAAGAACCUGCGAAGUCCGUUUGGUUACCGUAGAAGUAAUGCGGCAACGGACAACUCGACAUUGUCUGGUUUAGCGUCUCUUUUGAACCCGGCAACGUAUCAUCGUGCGGCAACGGCGGCAACCAACAAUUUGCGGUCAUCAUCAGCGUCACCAACAGCAACAACAGCAACAACAACGGCCAACAAAAGACAACGGAACGCUAAUGAUAGCCAUACAUUCCACCGACUCAGCCUGGGCAAAGCCUCGAUGGUUUUCGGCAAAAUUAAAUCCCUGUGGUCAGCGCAAACUUCGUCAGUCAAUGCCGGAUUGAAUCAAUUAGCAGAUGACGAGGGAGGAAACGUGAAGCCCAUACUUCUGAACGGUAAAUCCAAAUCAUCGCAGGAUGAGUUGCAGGUGCGGCUUGGGUUUUUCCUCGAGAACAAUCCUCGUCGCAACGUUCGAGUACCGAUACAGUCCUGCAGUUCGCUAACGUCAACCAACACCAGUCCCGUAUCCACCCUAACCGGAUCCUCGGAAGCCGAUGUGUCCCGGGCGCUACAACUGCAGGAACCGAACAACUACAACACAGGCUGUGAUUCGAUUGGAUCGAUGAUGUCAGUUUCCGUAUCGGAACAAAGCAAUGCUUCAUCGAGUCCAUUGAGCCGGCGGCAUUCAGUCACUACGUCACAAAACCCUAGCACAAACGGAGACGAUCUUGGCCUCUUCAAAGCGAGAAAAACCACUGUAAGAAGAUCGGCUCGAUCAGGUCAAAUAAAGGGACCUAUCGACCCUAAAAUUCGUUUCGCGCAGUAUCGUCAACAUCAGCAGCUAACGUUGAAGCCCCUGUUCUUCGAGGUGCCUACCCAGGAACCCGAUCCAUUGUUUGUGGGACGUCACUGGUUGGUUCGAGAACUGGCCAACGCUGUGCAAUCCACUGACUCACCGGGUGUACUUCUGAGUGGCAAUCUUGGUACAGGUAAAACUGCACUGCUUCUGCAGCUUGUGGAGUACUCGUGUUUCGGACGGCGUAAGGAAAUGCCGAUCCAGGAGAAUGAUGGCAUCUAUUGUCAAAUCAAUGUUGCGCAUGAUCGGUUGCGGAAUCUUGCCUCGCAUGUAGUUGCCUAUCAUUUUUGCCAAGCGGACAAUAAUUCCACCUGUCUGAUACCGGAUUUCAUUCAUUCUCUGGCAGCCCAACUCUGUCAAGCACCCCAGCUGGCUGCAUAUCACGAGUUUUUGUUGGGAGAACAAGCACUUCAAAAUGUUCUCAGCGUGAAGGAAUGUAUUGCUGAUCCGGAACGAGCGAUGAUAAUGGGUAUAUUGGAACCUUUGGCAGCAUUGCGGAGAGUUGGUAAAAUAUCGCCGAAAAAUUGUGUCAUACUGAUAGAUGCUUUAUGCGAGGCUGAGUACCACCGACCAGAUCAUGGUGAUACCAUAGCGUCCUUUCUGCAGAAAAUGACCGAACAUUUUCCUCCGUGGUUGAAGGUGAUCGCCACCAUUCGGACACAAAUGCUACAAUUCACCAAAGGACUGGCUUAUACAAAAAUGAGUCUAGAUAAUUGGAACAGCAACGAGGUUCUGCAGAAGGAUAUCCUCGAGUACAUCACAUUCCGCAUAAACCAGACCUCUAGCAUACAGCACAACAUCGCCGGCGGCAGGGAAAUAGUCAAUACAAGUUUGCAUUUCAAAUUUGCUCAGCAUUUGUUAACCCUGACGACGGGUUCCUUCCUGUUUGCUAAGUUAACUCUGGAUUUGAUCGAACGUGGCAAUUUGGUUAUUAAAUCAAGCAGCUUCAAGGUGCUUCCGGUUUCAUUAGCGCAAAUUUUUCUACUUAACUUUAAUCUACGGUUUCCCACGACAACCGCGUACGACAAGAUCUCCAAUAUACUGAGCGUUUGUUUAGCGGCUCUCUAUCCACUGACAUUAACGGAAAUAUUCUACUCAAUCAAUGCGCUGAUAGUGGAGGGUGAGGGAGGAGAAUAUAUCGAUUGGGAAGAAUUUAUCUGUCGAUUCAAAACGCUUACCGGAUUUCUCAUCAGGCGCAUUGACAACACGUACAUGUUCUUUCAUCCCUCGUUCAGGGAAUGGUUAAUAAGACGAGACGAUGGAGAGAGUAUCAAAUUUCUUUGCGAUCUCAGAAACGGUCACGCGGGGAUAGCGCUGCGAUUGUCGCGUUUGCAAGCUCCUCUAGAUCCGGAACAAGCUUUGGAACUUGGCCAUCAUAUAUUGAAGGCUCAUUUGUAUCGCGCGGCGCCACAGCACCAAUCGCCAAGAGACUUACAGGCAGUCUGGGUUUCUUCUGUGACAUCCUGUAUAUCUUCUGCGCUGUGUACCCUGAGAAACGUCUACAAUCCCAAUAUCAAAGUUUCUAGGCUUCUGUUGUUAGCGGGGGCUUCUCCCGAUCACAUUACAAGCUUCCUUGGCAACGCAACUGUCCUCUGCAUAGCUGCCCAUGAAGGAAUAGUACCGAUGGUUAGCCUCCUGUUGGAGUUUGGUGCCGACGUGGAGAAAGUCAACAGCCAGGGCUGUACUCCACUCAUCCUAGCAGCGGCCAAAGGUCAUUGCGAUGUAGUUCGACAGCUGGUCGCCGCUGGCAGUGCUCUUGGACAAACCGACACCUCCCAAAGAUGUGCUCUUGUACAUGCUGCAAUUGUCGGAAAACUCAAAGUCGUUAAGUACCUGGUGGCGUGUGACUGGAACACUAGAUCUAACAGCAAUGAUGUUACGCUAGAACAAGCAGCUCAACAGGCACUCAUAGCAGCGGCCAGUCAAGGAAACACGGAAAUAGUGGAAGAUUUCCUUGACAUGGGAGAGGUUCAGGUGAAUCGACUGGAUAUCAUUACUGGCGAAACUGCGCUAACGACUGCUUGUGUCAAUGGACACACGGAAACGGUGUCUAUUUUGAUCAGUCGUGGAGCAGCCACGGAAGUGAAGAACAGGAAGGAACAGUCACCCCUGCUCAUCGCGGUCAAAGAGGGACAUUGGGCUAUAGUCGAGAGAUUGUUGCAGAACCAGACGGAUGUCGAACAACGAGAUAGCAACGAAAAGACAGCUUUGAUGGUAGCUGCUGAGGAGGGUCAUGUUGGAAUCAUUGAACUGUUAUUAAAUCGAGGAGCAUCACUAAGCACCCAAGACAAAGAUGGCCUUACGGCGCUCAGCUGGGCUUGCCUCCGGGGUAAACAACAAGCUGCCAAAUGUUUGCUGGAAAGAAAUGCAGACAAGCAGCACGCCGACAGUACGGGCCGAACUCCGCUGGAUCUUGCCGCCUAUCAAGGCUCUACUGCUUUAGUUCAGAUGCUCCUCGAUCACGGGGCGCAAAUAGAGCACGUGGAUAUCAAUGGAAUGCGGCCACUCGAUCGCGCUAUCGCCUGUCGCAAUGUGCAAGUGGUUCAGGUUUUCCUGAAACGUGGAGCAAAGCUGGGACCUGCAACCUGGGCUAUGGCUAACGGAAAAUCCGAGAUAAUGCUUAUCCUUCUGAAUAAACUUCUGGAGGAUGGAAACACGCUAUAUCGCAAGAAUCGUUUACAGGAGGCUUCCCACCGCUAUCAAUAUGCCCUGAAAAAGAUCCCUACGAAUUCCACAGGCACCAAUGGAAACCUUGCGGAAGCACACGCCUCGACCACACUAUGUUCUGCUGAUACUAAUAAUAAUUCCAGCAGUAACGCUACGUUCCAACAGCUAAAAUUCAAUUUCUUGCUUAAUUUAUCUCGCUGCAAGAGAAAAAUGAACGAUGUAGCAGAAGCAAUCGAUUUAGCCGCGCAAGCAAUUGAAAUCAAGCCGAAUGCCUACGAUGGAUACUAUGCUCGAUCGAAGGCACUGAUGGAAUAUGGAAACUUUGGAGAGGCGUUGAAAGACGCAGGGACUGCCUUACUGAAGUCACACUCAACAUCACCGGAAAUACGAGAAACUCUCACCCGCCUACACAGUGAUCUGCAGAAACGACAAAUGCAUGCUUUGACUGUGGCAAACAACAAUACGGCACUCCAAUUCGGGGGCAGCGAACGGUCCACCGGUGGUGUGGAUCCCAAUGCGAGAUCUAGUUCCGUGCAUGGCAACCGCUCGAUCGCUGAAUCCAUGGAUGUAAUAACGGAUUUGUAAAAGCAUAACGCUGAAUCGAUUUUAAGUUCUAAACACUAAGCGACAAAAACAUAAAACCGAAAAAAGACUAAUGUAAACUCUUCAUUCACAAUGCAAAACAGCCUUAAUAUUCUAGUUUAUAACGAUAAGGUUUUCUGGACAAUCGCUACCGUUUGUUCGAAUGCGCUAAAAGCGCUUUUUAAGAGAACGAAAAAAGUAAUAUUUUAUAAAAUAUAUUUUGUUUUAGAACAUGGAAGGCAACAGCACAUAUUUCGUUGAGUCGCGAUUUUAAUCUAAAGCUAAACUAAAUUAUUCACGAGUGAGGUAUUCGUAGUUACUCUAGGAUCAUAGCAAAAUUUUUGUCAAAAGCCAUACCAUGUGAUGUAAAUAACUUGAAGGAAUGUUAAAUAUCUGCAUUCAUUGUAUACAAUUGACAUUAUUUAUCUCUAGACAAUAAUAACAUAUAUAAUUUGGUUUCGAGCGAAUAUAGCAUACGAUUAAAUUAUUUGUCAUUUAUAUAAUUGCCAAUAUUUUAUUGCCUUGUAUCCUGUAAAAGAUAAAAAUUGAAAUACAGUUAACUAUCGGGA